CCGGAGCGGCGGGAGUCAGCGAGCGCCCCGGGAGGGAGGCCCCGAGCCCGCCACCGCCACAGCGGCCGCGGGGGGAGGCGGCGGCGGCGGCGGCGGCGGCCUCCGCAGUCCCGGCGCCAUGAGCAUCGAGAUCCCGCCGGGCCUCACCGAGCUGCUGCAGGGCUACACGGUGGAGGUGCUGCGGCACCGGCCGUCCGACCUCCUCGGCUUCGCCGCCGACUACUUCGCCCGCCUGCGGGAUGCCCGCGACCAGGAGGCCGCGGCGGCGGCCGGCGGCGGCCGCAGGGGGGUCAACUUCGACGGGGAGCCCAUGCAGACCGAGUCCAACGGCGAGGAGGAGCCCGACCGCGGCGACGAGGACUCGGACUCGGACUUCGAGCCUCCAGUCAUAAACCGAUACAACAGAAGAGUAUCAGUUUGUGCUGAAGCUUUCAAUCCAGAUGAAGAGGAAGAAGAUACAGAACCAAGGGUAGUUCAUCCAAAAACUGAUGAACAGCGAUGCAGACUGCAGGAAGCAUGCAAAGAUAUCCUGCUCUUCAAAAAUCUAGAUCAGGAGCAGCUGUCUCAGGUCCUUGAUGCUAUGUUUGAGAGGAAGGUGAAACCUCAGGAACAUGUGAUUGACCAAGGGGAUGAUGGAGACAACUUCUAUGUCAUUGAGCGGGGAUUGUAUGAUAUCUUUGUAGCAAAAGACAACCAGACACGCUGUGUGGGCCGUUAUGAUAAUCAUGGCAGUUUUGGGGAACUGGCAUUGAUGUACAACACUCCUAGAGCUGCCACCAUUGUUGCUACAACAGAAGGAGCCCUUUGGGGACUGGAUCGAGUGACAUUCAGAAGAAUUAUACUGAAAAACAAUGCAAAGAAGAGGAAGACGUAUGAGUUAUUUAUUGAGUCUGUGCCCCUUCUUAAAUCCUUGGAGCCUUCAGAACGAAUGAAAAUAGUGGAUGUAAUAGGGGAGAAAGUGUAUCAAGAUGGGGAACGUAUCAUUUCUCAGGGUGAUAAAGCAGAUUGCUUUUACAUUGUAGAAUCUGGUGAAGUAAAAAUCUUGAUUAAAAGCAAGACUAUGACAAGUAAGGAUGCUAACCAAGAAGUGGAGAUUGCCCAGUGUCACAGAGGACAGUAUUUUGGAGAGCUUGCACUUGUUACCAACAAACCCAGAGCAGCCUCUGCCUAUGCUGUUGGGGAGGUUAAAUGUUUAGUCAUGGAUGUGCAAGCGUUUGAGAGGUUGCUUGGACCCUGCAUGGACAUUAUGAAGAGGAAUAUAACACAUUAUGAGGAGCAGCUCGUGGCACUGUUUGGCUCUAGCAUGGACCUGUUGGAUCCAGGGAAUUAGGCACAGGGUACCUUAAUGCCUUCUCAGUUCAAGACACAGAAAAGCCUCCAAUCAGCAACACAACUCACAAGGAAAAUGGACACUAUGGAACAGUUACUGCUGCUGUCUUCUUGGGCAUUUUAGAAACCAUAAACAAGUCUCAGCACAGAUGGAUUGCUUACUCCAUGCCUCCACUUUGCUGCUGAUACUUCAUUAUUAGACCUAGAUUAAAGAUGAUUCUAACCCUAUGUUCACUACUUGGUUCAAAAUGGCAUCUCUCCAACAGUUCAAGUGCCUGAUAUGAAACCCAAAGUGAGCAAGAUGCAGAAGCUUCCUUCUUUCUGGUGUUACAGUUGGGAUAAAUUUUCAGAUCAGAUUCUGUAGUGGUAAGCUGCCUGUUCUGCAGAGGCAAACUGCAGAAUAUGAGCCUUUUACAAGUUUAUUAUCUUCUGAUACUUUCCUUACACAAUGUCAAAAUUGUUUUUAAUUGUAGCAUCCGAGUUUGAAGUUAAAAAAUACAAAUAGAGCCAAUUAAUAAGGUGGCACCAAAGUUUUCUUCAACCUGCUGAAAACAGCAGGUUCUAUAGUUGUUUAAACCAAGUAAACCAAGCUGAGGUACAGGAGAGAGCUGCUUAGCAAUGAAAUGCAGAAAAUGAAGUAUUACUAAAUUUUAAGUGUUUUCUGAGCAGCAGAGAAAAUUGUUUUAGUCUAUGCUGCCCCCCAGAAAGGUGCAGUGGUUUGGAUUGUGGUCUAACAGACCAAAUGGCUUGAAGGUUUUGUAGUUGUCAUCUCCCCAAAUUUGCUCUUUGUUUCUUACACUGAGUAGAUUUUAUUGUGGAGAGAUUACCAUAUAUAACUUUCUCUUGCUUACAGAGAUCCUUUAUACUGCUUGAUUUCCCAGGGCACUGUUGUUGUCUGGGUCAGUUUUAAAGCUUUUUAAGGAGGUGAACAUUUUGUAAUUUAAAGGAAGGCUACUUCUGUACUUAUUUACAGGAGCUCCCUCCCGCCCCAGCCCUAAUAUUUCAUAGUAUGCUAACUUCAUUAGACACUUGGAUGCUUCCAGAUGCCAAGUCUAUUUGCUAAAUCUUUCAAAAAUUGGCAGCAUUUGAAUUUAUGGAGCAAAGGUCUUUGCUAACUACGCAGUUGGUGUGUUUGAGUAGACUUUUUGAUUUAGAUGAUAACUCAGCUAAUGUUUAUCUAAAAUACCUGUUAAAUUUGCAGCAUUUACUAGGUAGAUUCUAUUUCAAUAGCUUUAAUCACCUUAAUUGGCAUACUGCUAAGAUUUUAUCAGAGUAUUAUCUAAAUAAGAAUCAGACCAUAAGAAAGACAUUUUUAUGGUGUAAAACAGAAUAUUUAUAUUAAGAUACUGAAUUUGUAGGUAAUAAAUCUAGUGACCCUUUGAAUUUGCAUUCUUCAGCUCAUGCAGAACUUGUGUUUUAUGGGGUUAUGAAAUUUUAAUUGUGGAUGCUAGUAGAACAGAACCUGCUCUUUUUAUUCAUGGCCAUGUGAGCAAGGAUAGAAGGAUGCUAAUGUUGAAUUCCUGCUUCUAGUUAUCACAAUGGACAUUUCUCUAUGGCACAAGAUGCUUAGUCACAACUCUGAGUUGGUUUCUGGACAGUAACUUCUUCCCUAAAUGGAUGAGCUCCUCCCAGUUCCUGCAAUAUGAAUAAGAUGGAAACUUGAUAAGUUUGAAUGGCUAUUGUUCAGUUACUGUGAUUGGAAUCUUAUUUUUAUAUAACAUAAAUGAUUUGUAAUGGACACCACUGAAAGAGGUGUUUCCAUAUUGUUAAAGUUCUGAUUGUGAUGUCUAGUGGCUGUUCUAACUGCAUGUAUUCUAGAACAGUGAAUUUCCCUUACUUGACUGUUUUUUUUCAUGAUAAAUCACAGCCAAAGAAGCAGCAGGUACUUUGUUCAUGCUUCCGAGGUUUAACACCAAAGACAAAAUUGCUCUUUUAAUUGCAGGUUUUUUACAACAAAAAAAAGAAAGACCACUAAUCAGGUCCGUGCAUUGAUAAAAGAUACUUUAAAGUACUUCGGGUUAAUAGAUGGAGUCUGUCUGAAGUCAGCUCAUGACUGUCCAGCAACUCAAACAUAAACUGGUCUUCAAACCAGUAUGAAUUGCUGUGUUGCCUAAACUGUCAUGAGAAACUAACUUGCUGUGAAAAAUCAUCAGCUGGCCUCUGUCCCUCCCAGGCAGAGUAUCCUCUCCUUUGGGCAAGUUGGGCUCCCUUACAGAUAGAUUCCGGUUCUUACAGCCUUCAGUUCCUUGCAUGGCAGAACUGUGUACCUCAGUGUAUGCAAAUAUUGGCAAUUAUUCUGAAGUUUAGCCAAAAUAAGCAAGCAAGGCUGAUGAAUUCCCUUACAGACUCUUAAGGCAGUUCUGCUUGGCGGGAGGAUUUGAUGGCUCUAGAAAUCAAAGGAAAGGGUGAGACCAUAAAAUCAAAAGAUUGGGAUCCCAUGUGAGCAAGAACAAGCUUUUGAAGUUCUAACCAUUCUCUAGGCUCUCUGCAGCAAAGUGCUACUGGGUAAUGCCAUCUGGCAGCCAGGAUUUUUGUGACAUUGUUUUGUGGUGUAAAGAGGCAACCUGACAAUAAGCUGAAAGAGAAUAAGCCUGUAAGAAGCUUGUUCCAUUUAAAAUGGUGCAAUUUGCAAUGUGCCUGCCUAGUCUGUCUGGUUUAACCAGCCUGUUCUGUACAACUUUGGAAUAUAAAGAUAGGUGAGAGAAGCUUAUAGCGACGCUCAGCGUUGUCUGGCUAAGCGGAUACUUGGUAGAGCAGCAGCAAUGAACAAAGUCAGAAAGCAUGUGAGUGGGGAUAUCGAAGCCAGAGAGUGAAGUGAGACACCAAUUUGUAAAGAUCUGACUGCGUCAUUGUUAUCCCAGCUUUUUUCUUUUCACUGUACUGUUCAUCACAAUUGUUGUGGAGAAUGAGCACAGUCUUUGUUGUUAUUGCUCAGUGUUUGGUAAAUCUGCUGUGGAUUCUCUGAAAUUGGUAGUGGAGAAAGAUCUAGUCUUUAAUAAAAGAACUCAGCAGCAAAGUGGGUAAAGAGGGUAGUGUCUUUGAGACUUGGAGGAAGAAAAGUCUCUUGUAUCUGAUACCCUGCUUGUGAUUGUUGUGAAGUCGGUGAGAGGAGCUUUUAAUGGUCAAGUGUCCUGGCAUAUGGUAUUUCUGUUUAAUGUCACAGCACAGGUUUCACAAUGUAAAAAAAACAAGGGCAAAAAAAGGCUCUUUUUAAAAAAGAAAAAACAAAGUACAAUUUUGCACAGAGGGCAAAAAGAGAAACUCCUUUGAAUGUCACUUCCAUUCUUUCUUUUCAGAUGGCUGAAAAUGGACUUUUGUUCUUGACAUGUAUUUGUAAACUAGUCUUGCCAAAAUACAAACGUUUUUUGUUUUUUUUCACUCCAGUUAAUUUUUGCUGUUACAGUUAUUGUUUAUUAUUUUCACUUCUUUCAAACCAUAGAUUUUAUUUCAAGAAGCCUUCCUUGUGGAUUCUCUCCUGAUGGUCUACAGCACUACACUGCUAUUUCAAGGUGCAAGAGAAAGUCACUAACCUCAUAAGAGAAUACUCAAACUCCGUUUAGCUGGCUGGAGCUAAUAAUGCGCUACUAAUUUUCCUCCACUCUGUGGGGCAGGAGGGGAAUUAAAUUCUGCAUAAAGUUGCUACCUCAAGGCUCCAGGUUCUUUAAUGGUCUUUCACUUGGGAGAAUUUCAUAAGACAGUUCUUAAAAUUGGUCUGUUCUUUUGAGUUAAAUGUUUUUUCUUUAUUGAUUCAUUGAGGGGACCCUUACUUUAAUUCAUUUUACAUUUAGCAUUUGAUUCUCAAAGGAUGAACAACUGCAAAAUUCAGUUCUUGCACUACAGUGUCGAACAUGAAAGAAAAUAUCUGCGAUAAAAAACAUAUGGUUUUUAAAAAUUAAACCACUCUGGGGUUCAGCUUCACUUUUGGUUAAUAAAAAGCUGACAUGUUGUGUCCAGCCUUUGUGGUACAGUCCUGUGUGUGCUCUUUAUUGACUUACUGCAGCUGACACACCCCCGCACACAGUGCUUAUAUAACAACUGGACUUUCUAACAGGGAACUAAAUUUACUUGGAGUGUGUGAGUUACUGUUGCUUGCAUUAUCAGAGCCUUAUGGAAAAUGGCACGUGCCCUAUUGCAAUAAAUCAGAAUAGAUUUAUCAAUCAUCCAACAACAACGUUUUACUGUUUGGUGAGAAAAUUUUACUAAUAUCUUAAAAAUGAUACCUAUUUCUGUAGAUAUUGUUGCUCCAAAUAAAACUGGCUGCUGUGAUAUGGUUGCCACACUAUUGUAAAA